AUUUCCACUUCCCUCCAUUGAAAUCCUCAUCCGCUCCAAUCAAAAGCAUUUCUCCAUUCAAAGCCAGUCACAUCACAUGCACUUCUCCGGCUGCUCACCGGAACUAUUUCGACCACAACGAUGACCACCGCAGCAAUUGCAAACAUCGCCAUCAUCAUUCUGUAAACUUCUGCGCCCUGCCACAUAUCCUCCUCGGCGGUUUUCCUUUUCCGGAAACGAUUCCAGUAGCUUGUUGGUCAGUGAAGAAGGUUCAUCAUCUGCGAAAGUCUUGUUAUCGGUUGGGUGUUCCAGAUGACCAGUGUUCAAGGCUUUGGCGCGUGCUUGCAGGAACAUGCUCUUCAGUUUCCGCGUCCCAGUUACAACGACAGCUGCAGGAGACGCAAGAGGACUGCCUUAUGGAGAUCUCCACAGGCUGCCAUCCUACCCAACGCACACCUCCCAAUGCGCAGUUUGGAAGUCAAGAACAGGACAUCAGCAGAUGAUAUCAAAUCUCUCAGACUUGUAACUGCCAUUAAAACACCUUAUCUUCCGGAUGGUAGAUUUGAUCUUGAAGCAUAUGAUGCCUUGGUGAAUCGGCAGAUUGAAAAUGGAGCUGAAGCUGUGAUUGUGGGUGGUACGACUGGUGAAGGUCAGUUGAUGAGCUGGGAUGAGCACAUAAUGCUUAUUGGUCACACUGUCAACUGUUUUGGUGGAUCAAUCAAGGUCAUAGGCAACACUGGAAGUAACUCUACAAGAGAAGCAAUUCAUGCUUCGGAGCAGGGAUUUGCUGUUGGAAUGCACGCUGCCCUUCAUAUAAAUCCUUAUUAUGGCAAAACUUCCAUCGAGGGAAUGAUCUCACACUUCAAUUGUGUGCUUUCUAUGGGCCCAACUAUUAUAUAUAACGUACCACCUCGAACUGGUCAAGAUAUCCCCCCACAUGUCAUUCAAACUGUUGCUCAAAGUCCCAAUCUGGCUGGUGUGAAGGAGUGCGUUGGAAACAAUCGUGUCGAGCAGUACUCGAACCAAGGAAUUGUGGUCUGGAGUGGAAACGACGAUCAGUGUCACGAUGCCAGGUGGAAUCAUGGAGCAACUGGAGUUAUUUCUGUUACAAGCAACUUGGUGCCCGGUUUAAUGAGAGAGCUCAUGUUUGGAGGGAAUAACCCUCCCCUAAAUGCAAAACUGAUGCCUUUGAUGGACUGGUUGUUCUUCGAACCCAAUCCAAUAGGCCUCAACACGGCGCUUGCUCAACUCGGGGUCGUGAGGCCUGUGUUUAGGUUACCAUACAUACCUCUUCCAAAAGCAAAGAGGGAGGAGUUUGUGAAAUUAGUCAAGCAAAUUGGGCGGGAAAACUUCGUCGGUGAAAAAGACGUACAAGUUCUUGAUGACGACGAUUUCAUUUUGGUUAGUCGGUAUUAGUAGCACGGUUCCUUGCUGCCUUGCUGCUUCAGAUUUUUCAGGUCUGUACUCUAUUCCUCAUGCCCUUAAUCUUAAGAUUUCUUGUUGGUUCUCUGUAGCAAGGCAGGCUGUUAUGAGUUUUGUGGUGUUGAAUUUGUAGUAAUAAUAAAAUAUGAAUUAAUGGACGUGAAACCCAAGUCUUCAACUCGUUUCUUGGCGUCUAAAUGGGUGCCUGUUGGUUGGGGCCUCAUUCUGUUGAGAUAUCUAAUUCCAAAUUUUUAAAAAUUAUAUUAAAGGUUUCCCCCUUACGUUA